AUGGAGCACCGCGCGUGCCUGUCGCCCGAGGUCUGCAAGAAGCUGAUUGAUGCUGGCUUCCAGAUCACGGUCGAGUGCGACAAGAACCGGAUCUUUGAGGAUGCCGAGUAUUCUGCUGUUGGGUGCCGGUUAGUGCCUGGCGACUCGUGGCGCACUGCUCCCUCGGAUGCGAUCAUCACUGGCCUGAAGGAGCUGCCCGAGAACGACCUGACCCCGCUGCCGCACACGCACAUCAUGUUUGCCCACUGCUACAAGCGCCAGGGCGGCUGGAAGGACGUUCUAUCGCGGUUCUCGAACGGCAAGGGCCUCCUGUACGACCUCGAGUUCCUGCAGGACGCCAGCGGCCGCCGUGUGGCAGCCUUUGGGUUCUAUGCUGGGUUCACUGGCUCGGCUGUCGGCAUCGACGCCUGGUGCCACCAGCAGCUGCAUCCGGGCACCGCCUAUCCCGAGAUCACGCCGUACCCGAACGAGGACGUGCUGAUUGCCGAGACCAAGGCGAAGCUGGCGAAAAUUGGCAAGUUCCCCAAGGUGAUGGUCAUGGGCGCCCUGGGCCGCUGCGGCUCCGGUGCUGUGUCAUAUGCGCGCAAGGCCGGCAUCCCCGAGGAGAACAUCAUCAAGUGGGAUAUGGCCGAGACCGCCAAGGGCGGCCCGUUCCAGGAGAUCAUCGACGCUGACAUCUUUGUCAACUGCAUUUAUCUGUCGUCGCAGAUUCCGGCGUUCAUCACGCAGGAGCAGAUUGAUGGCGAGCGCCAGCUGUCGGUUAUUGUUGAUGUCAGCUGCGACACCACCAACCCGUUCAACCCGAUCCCCAUCUACAACGUCAACACCACCUUUGACAAGCCGCUGCUGGACAUUGAGACCAAGAACCCGAAGCCCCUGCAGCUGUGCUCGAUUGACCAUCUGCCCACCAUGCUGCCGCGCGAGGCGUCGAACCAGUUCGCCACCGACCUGCUGCCCACUCUGAUGCAGCUGCCCGAGCGCGACACCGCCCCGGUGUGGACUGGUGCUGAGGCCCUGUACAAUGAGAAGGUUGCGUCGAUGGCCACUACCGACUAA